AAUAUGGCUCGGAUGCCGUUGACCCUCGCGUACUCGGUUCGCGUGCGCCAUCGUCGUGGUUUCCCAUUGGCUAUACAAUUACAUAAUACGCGAGAAAAAUAAACAAAAAGCAAAAGGAGGAGCGAGUGUUUCUGCUGAUUAUCCGAAAAUAUAUAUGGUCGCUGGUUCUAUCUGGAGCGGCUCGAUCGAUCGAUACGGGCCAAUAUGCCGCGCCGAGGUCUGCAUCGACUCAGCUUUAAUAAAAACAUUUGGAGCAUUUUACAUAACUGCUGCUGCGUGAGCGGAACAUAACAGAGGCGGGUGGCAGCUUGGAUCCGGCCGGCAGCAGGGAGCUGAAAAAAUGUCGCAGCCGAGGGAGUACAGCGCGGGAGGGGAUCCUCUGGCGACGAACCUGUCGCUGAUGAUCCAGAACUGCUGCCAGGCGGCGGAGAACUGCAGCUCGGCCUGCGACGACAUCACCACGUCCAAUCGGACGUUCCAGAUCGCGCUGAGCCUGCUCUACCUGCUGAUCUUCCUGUGCGGCCUGAUCGGCAACCUGCUGGUGUUCGUCGUGGUGGUGCGCAACCGGCGCAUGCAGACCGUGACGAACCUGUUCAUCGCCAAUCUGGCCCUCAGCGACGUUCUCCUGUGCACGAUGGCGGUCCCCUUCACGCCGCUCUACACCUUCUCGGGCCGCUGGGUCUUCGGCGAGUUCCUCUGCCACUGCCUGCCCUUCGCCCAGGGCAUGAGCAUCUACAUCAGCACCUUCACCCUGACGAGCAUAGCCGUCGACCGGUUCUUCGUGAUCCUCUACCCGUUCCGGCCGCGCAUGAAGAUCAACACGUGCCUGGGCAUCGUCGUGCUGGUCUGGCUGGUCGCCGCGGCCCUCACCGCCCCGUACGGCAUGUACAUGCGCCACUACGGCAACGAGGACGAGCACUACUUCUGCGAGGAGAACUGGCCCGAGGAGAAGGUGCGCACCAUCUUCUCGGUCAUCACGACCUCGCUGCAGUUCCUCGUGCCCUUCGUCGUGAUCGCCAUCUGCUACGUCUGCGUCUCGGUGAAGCUGAGCAACCGCAUGAGGCCCGGCAACAAGUCGAGCAGCCGACGCGAGGAGAUGGACCGCAUGAAGAAGAAGAAGACCAACAACAUGCUCAUACUCAUGGUGGUGGUGUUCGUGCUCAGCUGGAUGCCCCUCAACCUCAUCAACAUAGUCGAGGACUUCGAGCCCAAGGUGACCGACUGGAGCUACUACAAGGUGCUCUUCUUCGUGGCGCACUGCAUCGCCAUGUCGAGCACCUGCUACAAUCCCUUCUUGUACACCUGCCUCAACGACAGCUUCAGGAAGGAGUUUGCUCAGUGCGGAGCCAAGUUCUUGAACUCGAUUGGCUGCAGCAGAUUCGCCAAGCAGGCCAGCGAUUACAAGAGCAACACGGCCAACACGGGGGGCCCCGACGGCAUCAAGGCCGGCGGCGACUACGGCAACGACCCCGCGGCCCUCGAGAACACCGUCCAAGAGAGCCUCAUACCGCUCCAGGGCCCGGACAAGCAGCGACAGGACUCCACCUGCGAAAUGAUCACCCUCGAGCCCAUCACUAAUAACUACAUCAAGGAUGUCUAGAGACACUUUGUCAGCUCGUAUACAAUGCAGGCAACGCACAGGGUUACACGUAACAAAAUUAAAAUAAAUAUAUAUGUAUAUACACUACGGUAUAUAUAUGGAUGAUCUAUCGAGUCCUUAUUGUUGGACGUCCUCCGAGCGAGAGAAAAAAAAAACAAGAGUAGCAUGAGUCGUGUGAUAAACUUAUAUACGUGUUACAAUAUUAUAUCGACAGUUGAAUUGAUGUAAAUUCUCGCGCCCGAUGAGCGGUUGAAUAUUCGUCGCGAAUAUUGUUAUAACUUUUUCGGAACAAGUGUAUGUUGAUGCCAGUGAAAAAUUGCCAUUUUUUUACAUUUACAACCCAAUCGCGCGCACACACACACACACACACACAUACAUACACAAGCACACCCGUACACAUUGUACCGUUCGACGGAGUCAUUUCGCGGCGUAAAAGUCGACAGGGAAAUGAAAAUUGCGCAAAAAGCCAAAUUUUUCAAAGUCCCAUUUUCAUGAUUUAGGUUCGUUGAAUCGUAAGUAUAAGCACAUCAUCGAUGCAUCUAGUUUGAUUUGUCGAUUUUAAAAGAUGAUUUUAACGAUACACGACAUGGCUUUGAAAAAUAAAAAAAAAUACUCUAAUUUAACCAUAAGCCUUUGUUACGUUAUGAUGAGCAUGAGGAUAUAUCAUAGUUUAUAGCAGGGAAACAGAGUGUAAAUUUAGAAAAUUGAAUCUAUGUCUUUAUGGUCGAUGUUGAAGUUUAUAAUGACGUAUAUAUAGUUUGUUGACGUUGUUUGAUUGAUUUAUUUUAAUUUUAAACAAAAAAGAAAAAAAACCAAAACGUCUUAUUGAGAACCUAGUACGAUAAAACUAAAUGACUUUUUAUACUACUGUAAUAUGUACAUUAUAAAGAAAAAAAAGGUGAGUGAGGAGUUCUUGUUUUUCUAUGAAAGAGAAAGGUAAUAAAAAUUAUUUCAUAAAUA